AUGGACGAGACUACGAAGUUCACGGAACAGGUUCGUAAUCACCGGAGGAUCAGCAUCAGGUAUGACAUCCGCAGCUCCAGCUUCGAGAACGGCAAGGUCGUCCCGUGGACCAGGUCUCAUCAGGCUCACCAGGCACCUCACCAGGCGCCCCCCACCAGGCCUCACCAGGCUUCCCCACCAGGCUUCCUCUCACCAGGCCUCCCACCAGGCUCUCACCAGGCUCACCAGGCUUCCCUCACCAGGCUUCCCACUCAUCAGGCUCUCACCAGGCCUCACCACAGGCUCACCAGGCCUCACCAGGCCUCACCAGGCUCCCCCACCAGGCCUCACCAGGCCUCACCAGGCUCACCAGGCUUCUCCCCCACCAGGCUCACCAGGCCUCACCAGGCUUCCCCACCACAGGCUUCCCCACCAGGCCUCACCAGGCUUCCUCACCAGGCUUCCUCACCAGGCUUCCCUCACCACAGGCUUCCCCCACCAGGCUUCCCUCACCAGGCCUCACCAGGCCUCACCAGGCCUCCAGGCUCUCACAGGCCUCACCAGGCCUCACCAGGCCUCACCAGGCCUCACCAGGCUCACCAGGCCUCCCUCACCAGGCUCACCAGGCCUCACCAGGCUCACCAGGCCUCCUCCCACACAGGCCCCCUCUCACCAGGUCUCACCAGGCCCCCACCAGGCCUCCCCACCAGCCUCACCAGGCCUCACCAGGGCCCCCCACCACAGGCCUCACCAGGCCUCCCCCUCACCAGGCCUCCCCUCACCACACAGGCCUCCCACCAGGCCUCCUCACCAGGUCUCCAUUCUACCCGCCCGCCUGUGCCCUAUUCCCCGCAGCUGGUGUAG